CCCACUUCGCACCUUGACGUGGUGACGCAUAAUCUAUACUGUGGACCCCUAACAUCUGCUGAUGACGACUUGCUAUCGACGCAACACAAGCAGGUAUUGGUUUGGCGCGGUUUGCGCAUCUGUAACUUGAAGGAGGUCCAACCUGAAUGGUUCAACCCCGCAUAUGCAGCUGAGGUGCUACCGUACGAUAAGCUUCUGAGAAAGAGGUUGGUUGGAUCUGGGUGUGUGUUUGAACGCUGAUCUUUUCAGUCGUAUACCAGAUCCUCUCGAUACAACUCCAAACACCUUGUUCCACCUAUCGUGAUCUAUUUUACUACAUUUUUGGAGUAUCAAAAAACCCAAAUAUGGCUGCCGCCGUUGAAAGAUUCGACCGCUCCACCUUUCAGUCCGAGCUCUCUUCCCUCUGCCACUCGCUCGAUGCACCUUACUCAAAUAAAGUGACCGAGCAAAUCCUGGGAGCUUUCGACGAGUAUCUUGAUGAUUCAUAUGUCUGGCUACGCUGCACUAGCAAACCUGCGGAUGUGGUCAAUUUCCGCCUCGCAUUCCAUGGCAAACGGGUCGAUACUACAGCAAUCUUAGCUAAAGCCGGUUGGAUUGACUUCGAUGAUGACCUCGCGAAGAUAGUCAGAUCAUGGAGUGCGCAGGAAGACGCAGAGCAAUGGUGCGACUUUGACCCUAGUCGAGGAAUAGCAAAGAACUGGAUCUAUUUCCGUCGCCUGCAACCCAUCCAGGAGAUUUUGUGCAACCAUGGCCUGCCGGCCCCCGUGGCAACUCGUUUAUCGGACCUCCAAAACUCGGGUCUCGAACACGUGAACUUUGCGGCAGUAGACUAUGCUAACCGGAGUAUGAACGUCUACUUCUUGCUUCCGGGAGGCUUGACUGCGGAACGAGCCGCCAAAUACGUCUCUUUGGCUGGAUCGGCGCCUCUGUCGGAAGCAGAUAUCAAAGUCAUCAACGAUAAUACGCAUCCGAAGCAGACUUUUGGCGUCACGAUCAUUCCUGAAACAGGCCACAUACCCCGAGUAGCGUUCUACGCGCCAGUCGAGAAUGCCGAUACGUUUUUCACAUCCAAGAACGAGCGCAUGAGGAAGUUCUUCGCCGAGCACCCUUCGCGUGAUCCUCGGAAAAUACACAUCCUUUCUUGGUCAUACGGGGCUGGAGAUUCGAAGACAUACAUGAAAGGGGAAGCUAGCUAUGCCGGGUAUUCAGAAGAGCUCUCAAGAGAUAUGUUCCUUCGCUGGAUAGAGUAG